UGAGAGGUUAUAUUUACAUCUAAUUAUAAUUUUACACGAAAAACAUAUAUUGCAGGUAAAAUGCCGCAAUGCGAUGCACGCUAGAGCUCACGCAUAAACUUCGCUUUACAAAACCAUCUAGUUUUGUCAGAAACAGUGUGAUAACUCUAUUAUUUCUUAGUGAAAAGUUGUGUGUUCUUUCUUUACUCGAAGAUGGUGUUAUAGAUAUAAUUAGGCCUUCUAUUUAGGUCAUAGCGGUGUUCUGAGCUGGAAGUAACCUGUCCAAGUUAGUUGUAGUUAAGUAUGGCUGUGCAAAAUAAAGUUUUGUAUGCAUUUCGGGGAUGGAUAGCGUUCGUGGCAUUCAUGGAUUUGGGGACCGCAGGCCGGUCGUAUAUUGAAAGGAGGUCGUUUUUGAGCAACAGCGGGGACAGCGAACAGUUAGAUGGAGAUUUCACAAUAUCUCGCAUGCUGGGAAUGUACUCCGUACUCAAAGCAUUAGCGCUUAUACACUGCACUCUCUACAUACACUACAGACCAAUCGUAUCCAUGGGUUACUGGUCGCUGACGUUGACAAUUAUAAUGUACUUCAGCGAAGCGUUCUACUACCACUCUACAGAUCUGAACUUUUACAUUGUAUUCCCUUGUAUAUUAAACAUUAUAACCUUACUAGGACUGAUAUACCUACCAAGCAAACUGAAGCUCUUUGGCCAAAUACCAGGCAUCUCUGGCAUGGACAGAGAAGUGGACGAUGAAAACACACAAAUCCUCCGACAAAUGGGGAACUUCCGAAGAAGAAAACCUGGCAACACCGUCAAAAACAAGCACGUCUGAUUGUGGUGUUGCUGUAGUAGAAAAAUAUUGACUGUGAGUAACUAAUUUGGUAGAAUAGGUAUUUUAUUGACAGUAAAAAAUGAUUCUGUGCCACAAACACUUGUUAGUAUUGUGACACACUUAGUUUUACGCACGAUUUUAAUGUACAGUCAG